UUUUACCCAUCCUGAAUUUGACCCGGGAGGGAGUUGCUUAAAAUGCAUUCCUCAUUGUGUGCGCUGCAAUAUUUACACAAUCUGCAGAUCUUUGCCUUUUUCUAGAUUAUAUCUGUCUCCCUUCAGUUUCAUCUUUUCACCUCAGAUCUUCUGUCUGGCUGGGAAAGGGGAGUUUUUAGAAGGCGACUAGGACGUUGAGCACAGCCUCCGAAGCUGGCUCCAUGUAUCCAGAAUCCACCACAGACUCCCCAGCUAGACUUUCACUGCGACAGACUGGCUCUCCAGGAAUGAUUUACAGUGCUCGAUAUGGGAGUCCCAAACGCCAGCUUCAGUUUUACAGAAAUCUUGGAAAGUCCGGCCUAAGGGUCUCCUGCCUGGGCUUAGGAACAUGGGUGACGUUUGGAGGUCAGAUCACGGAUGAGAUGGCGGAGCAGUUGAUGACUCUGGCGUAUGACAAUGGAAUAAACCUCUUUGACACAGCGGAAGUUUAUGCUGCUGGCAAGGCUGAAGUUGUAUUGGGAAAUAUCAUCAAGAAAAAAGGUUGGAGACGGUCCAGUUUGGUCAUUACAACCAAAAUCUUCUGGGGAGGAAAGGCAGAAACGGAAAGAGGUUUAUCCAGAAAACAUAUAAUUGAAGGUUUAAAGGCUUCUUUAGAUAGACUUCAGCUAGAAUAUGUGGAUGUCGUAUUCGCUAACCGACCAGAUCCCAACACACCGAUGGAAGAGACAGUCCGAGCUAUGACCCAUGUGAUUAACCAAGGAAUGGCAAUGUAUUGGGGGACAUCCCGAUGGAGCUCUAUGGAAAUAAUGGAAGCUUACUCAGUAGCGCGACAAUUCAAUUUGAUUCCUCCGAUCUGCGAGCAAGCUGAAUAUCACAUGUUUCAAAGAGAAAAGGUUGAAGUUCAACUCCCAGAACUGUUUCAUAAAAUUGGUGUGGGAGCUAUGACAUGGUCACCGCUUGCUUGUGGAAUAGUAUCGGGAAAAUAUGAUGGUGGAAUACCACCGUAUUCUAGAGCAUCACUGAAGGGUUAUCAGUGGUUAAAAGACAAGAUCCUGAGUGAAGAAGGACGACGACAGCAAGCAAAACUGAAGGAGCUUCAGGCCAUCGCAGAGCGUCUGGGCUGCACUCUUCCCCAGUUAGCCAUUGCCUGGUGUCUGAGGAAUGAAGGUGUCAGUUCAGUCUUGUUAGGGGCAUCAAAUGCUGACCAACUACUGGAGAAUAUUGGAGCAAUACAGGUCCUUCCAAAGUUAUCCUCUUCCAUAAUUCAUGAGGUUGAUAGUAUUUUGGGCAACAAGCCAUAUAGCAAAAAAGACUAUCGGUCCUAAUUUGGGAUGGCUGAAUACCAGACUGUCACAGCUCCGCUUUGGUUCUUCGACUUGCCUGCUUUAAGCUUUACUGAAUCCAAGUGGAGCGUGGUUGCACCCAAGAAAAUAAAAUUUUCCGGAUACCGCCAGGAAACUGAUCAAAAGUAUUAAUGUGAGAAACCAUACGCUUAAUGUAAUCAAAUCUACGCUAACUUCUUCAGCUGCACAAUGACGUAGUCACAGGAUGAGCGCUGCUUAUGGUAAUGAAAAAAAAAUAUCAAUAUCACCUCUUCUGUUCAGUGUGUCCAUCUUUGUGAACUCAGGCUUCGUUUCAGUAUUUCCUCAGCCGUUGGUAAUGGUGCUGCAGCACGUUUCUCUGGUUUUCUAUGUUGCAUAAAUAAUCACACCCUGAUUCUUCUGGAACUGGAUUUUUAUUUUAGAAGUUCUCAAUUUCUGCUUUACAAUUGAAUCCUAUACCUCAUUUAAGGAUUAUAAAAUAGUGAUUUUUUUAUUUUGUUCCAUUACAGUACUUUUUUCUUUUUUUAUAGUUCUUUUAUUCAGUUUUAUUUUAAUUAUUUUUUUUUUGUUGCACCAGUGACCUCUCAAACAAGUCUUGGGUGUACGUUACUUUUCUAGGUUGAUGGAAUUAUUAUGGUGUAUUUUUUUUAUUUCAUUGCAUCUCCGUAAGGAAUAAUCAGUUCAAAUAUCUAGCAGAUUUUUACUGCUGCAACAGAUAUGAAGUGUAUCAUGGCAAGUUGGGGCUUCACAGCCAUUUCAUACGCUCCGCUGUUGUGCCAGUAGAUGUGCAUUAAUUUGCAAUAGGUCAACAACUAAACACUGAAGUGACACCAAAUUAUGCAAAAGUGGCACUUGAUUACAAUCUUCUGCAAAGUAAUUGAGUCAUGCGACCCUGCAUUGCUAUCGAAAUCAGUGGUAAAUGUUACCUAAUGUUUAUCAUUGAGUACUGUCAUAGAGUGAUUGUGUGGGAAUGGGGUUGUAUUGCAAGACGUGCCGUACAUUAGGCGGGGCACAUCGCAGUGUAGACUCAACCUUAGAAGAAGCUGCCAGGAUUGAUUUCGGAGCCUUUGACAUAUCCUGUUGCUGUAAUCUGCUGAUUUCUAAUAUAGACUCCUAUCCAUUCUUGCAUAUCUACAUCCAUCUGCAUAUACACAUGAAUUUCUUUCUUUUUUGAUGUGUGUGUGUGUGUGUGUGUGUGUAUAUAUAUAUGUCUAUUGCACAAUCAGUAAGAUUUCCUCCCGGGACUACCAAGAGACACUUGCACUAGAUUUGGAAAUGACAAGUAGGCUUCAAGUUUGAGUCUUAAUUGCAGAGGAAGCCGCCAUAUUCUAGACUGGUCAAUUCACAUGGAAACACUGAGCUCUCAAGAAAAGAAAAGUUGGCCUUGUCCAUUGCAGCCAAUCACAAAAAGGGUUUCUGGGAAUAAAAUAUGAAUGACCUAUUCUCAGGUCCUUCCCGCAUUGGGGGUUCUGCAUGUGGCACUCCACUGAUCAGCUGUUGGAUCCCCACCAAUCGGAUAUUGAUGACCUGUGUUUAAGUAUCUGGAGGCCCUUUCAUUUUUUCUUCAACUAGGUUAAGGAAUGAAAGCUGAGCUUUAAUUGGUUGCUGUGGCAAGGCCAGUUUUUAUGCAAAAUUAUUUUUAUAAAUGAGGCCAACAUUUUGGCAUCAUUUGAAAGGCCGAUGCAUUAUACUCCAUUUCCCAUGCCCAUGACCAUUACAGGGUAAUGUAUAUCUGGAAGAUAAUUUCCCUUCAGAUAUCAGUUGAGGGAUCAAUGAUUCGUAUAGAUGGCAAUCUGCUGAUCACUGUGUUUAGAGAAGGGAUAGUAUAGGGUUGGUAAAAUAUGACUUCUUUCUUUGAGAAGCACAGUUGCACCUGUCCAGGGGUUAGGUCUAGUAUUGCCUCUCGGCUUCACUGAAGUAAAUGGGUCUGAGCUGCAGUACACCUAACCGGUGGACAGGAGUGGUGUUGUUUUUGAAGAAGCUGCCAUAUUUUCUAAUUAUGUACAGUGCUAAUAUUUUACUUUUAGCAAUGAUUUGUAGUGGUGAGGGCAGGGCACAUACAGCUAGUAGUGAUGUGAAAAAAGCGUUCACAGUCACGGAAUGUCUCCAGUUGUAUUUUCUAGGUUUAGGAGAAUAUCUCAGUUUUAGGUUCUUUUCUGAGAAAAGAUCCAGAAUGCACAUUUGUAACUGAAAGCACUUGUUUUAUUUUUUCACUUCUUUAUUUCUUGCCCUUCAUUUUAUUAUUUUACCUGAUUGCUCUUCUCCUUAUUACACCUUUGCUUACAAUGAGGUUUUCCAUACUUUAUAUUUAAAGGAGGUUUAUAUUAACAAAUGGGAUAUGAACUCCUGAUUGAAAAGAAAGUCAUAGGUUUCAUCUUUAGUGGAGCCUUAUGUAUCUUCAAAAAUGUUGAGGAACUCUUCAGCUUUUCUUGAAGGGCUUGUGCUACGUUUAAAGAAUCAGCCAAGGCAACUCAAGGCCAGAUGUAUUAACGAUAAUCCCUGGUUUCACCAAAAUAACGCAUCGAAUACUUUCCUCUUCAUCAGUGAGAACUUGUGGUCAUCUUCCACUGUAGAGUGUAGGAAAAACAGACUGCCUUCGUAAGAGUUGCAUUGGGAUUUAAGAUGUUACCUCUAUUGCCAGGCAAUCAAAAUCAGUCCACUGCUGUCUAGGAAGGUCUCAGACCUUGCAAAAGUAUUAGUUAUUAAUUUGAACAAUUUUUGUAGUUCAUAAGAUGUACCAAAAUCAGAGAGAGAUGCUAGAUCAAGUGAUUGUAUUAUUAAAGGUUUUCCAGUCUCCUGAUCCUCAGGAUAUCUGCUACACAACCUGCACCCCCACAGAUUAACUGUUUCCUGCAGCCUUCGGAGCUGGAAUUAAUACUUUGAAUGGAACACGAAGCACAGUUCACUUCUACUGCAGCCCAGCUUCAACUGAAGUAAAUAGUAGUUGAGCUGCAGUAACCCGGCACAACCUCUACACGUUUAACCGAGCUGUGUCUGCAGAAAGCAGCUGAUUGGUGGGGUGCUGGUUAUCUGGCCCCUGAUGAGCACAUAUUGAUGACCUGUCCUGAGGACAGGUCAUCAAUAUCAGGAGCCUAUUUAAACCCAUUUUAACCCACUCACGUUCCUAUAUCGGUAAACAGUUGAUUUCACUUUUGCAACAGGGUGGAAAUGUAUUACAUGGCAGUCAUUUAAAUGAAUCUGUUCUGGUUCAUAGAGGGGAUCUAAAGCAGGGAACCUCCCCUCUAUGAUGUCCAUAUGCCAUAAUUGCCACAUGGAUACAGAUUGUCCUGAUAAAUCAACCCCUUUAGUUUAUUUCUGUUGCCUACAUUUCAUAUUUUUGUUUAGUUAUGCUUGGAAUAUUAUUGUAAUGAUAAAAAUCGGCCUGGUGCAUGAAACAGAAGCAGUAAAAUGAAAAUUGACCAUUCAGAGAAUAGUAUAAAUGCAGAACAUACCUAUGUAAAAAUGUUAUCCUAUAAAAAAUGUAAUAAUUACAAAAUCCAUUUGGAGAGUAAAUAAUUUAAGUUUUUGUUUCUAUUGCUUUUUUUUGGCAUCGUUCCGUCUAGAGCUGGGAUCAGCAGCCUUCAGCGCUCCAGCUGUGCUUAAACUAUGACUCCCAGCAUGCACACUUCUUGGCUGUUCUCAGAACUCCUAAAGAAAUGAGUGAAGCAUGCUGCCAUUCAUAGUUUCGGAAGGUUGCUGACCCCUAAUCUAGAGCAUUGACAUUUUAUUUUGUGCACAUUUGGACUAAAGUUGUAGGGAACAAUCCAUUUGGUUUGGGUUUACCUUUUGAAGAAUUAACUGGAAAAAGUGUCGCUUUGACAGUGCCUUUAUGAGGCAUCUGUAAUAUUCUUAAGAAACCCGAUUGUCUAGUAUCCACAUUAAAAUGGGAGGACAAAAAUAGUUUGCAUUCAUAUACUAAUUAUUGAUUAAAUUUUUUUUUUUUUGUGGUUGAUACUUUUUAAUGGCUAACUGAAAAGAUGAUGGCAAAAUUGCAAGCUUUCGAGGCUAUUCAGGUCUCUUCCUCAGGCAUAUUGCCAUCAUCUUUUCAGUUAGCCUUUAAGAAGUGUCAACCCACAAAAAAAAAACUCAUUUUUUUUUACUGGCUAACACGGUACAAAGAUAUUUUUUACUUAUAACACAUUUUAACUAGUGAAGAAUUUUUUUUAUACGUCUUACAAAUUAGAGUGUGUAGUUUAUAUAAUGGGAGGGGGAGGGGCUUAUCCCAAAAUAUUAAUAACAUUUUAUUUAGUAUGUACAACUAAUAUUUUUUUUGUCUGUUUGAUCUUACUGUGAUGACAGUAAAAUUAUUUUAUUUAGAUUUUUCUUUUCCAAUUUUUUAUUUUUUUUGUUAUUAUUAUUAUGAUACCGAUCCAUUAAAUGGGUGAUUCACUGUGCUGGGACCUGUUGUACUUUUCGUUAUGAGGUGCAAUGAAAUAAUGAAAGUUUUAAGAAAUGUAAAGCUUUGCUUAAAUUUGCUUAGCCUCCUUUGAAGUGCUCUUUACCUAUUGAAAUGCUUCUGUAGCUUUUCAUUUUGAACUGUUUUAUAUUAACCAUUUGUGUAAUGUGUACAGCGAACACCGAGGAGUUAAUGGGACACUAUGUUUGAAGCAAUCAAGUGACGGAGACUAAUAGCCAUUGAUAAGUAUUAAUUGACUACACUGGUGGUUGACAUGACAGCGCGGCCCCAUCUGCUGCUAUGCUAAGGAUGCAUGUCUCUAUGUGUACUGAGUGGAUGAAAGCCGCUGAAUGUAAACUACGGUCACUUGUCAAUAUCUUAAUUUCCAUUCGUACACUGAGCCUCAUAUAUCAAAACUGCCUUGUUGUCCCUAGCAGCCAAUCACAGAGCAGCUUUCAUUUUUCCAGAGCAGUGUAAGAAAUGAAAGCUGAGCUCUAAGUGGUCAUUAGGGCAUCAAGGCCGGUUUUUCAGCCACACAGUUUUGAUAGAAGAAGCCCUCUGGGAUGUUUUUGUUGCUUUUUUUUUAUUUAUUUUUAUGUACUUGCAUAUUUGAUGCCUGCUUGGUGUUGAGGUUGGCACUCAUCUUUAAUCACCACUAAUGGUAAAUCUGUUGCCAAACUUGGAGUUGGUUGGGGUUUGCCAUUAGUAUUAUUUUUUGUUCGACUUCUGUCUACAUCAGGACAACCAUUCUUUAGCUAGACCUAUCUUGACUGUGACCCAUUUUAAAAUAUCUUGUUUACAUACACAAAAUGACUCCAUUUCGCCAGUACAGAGAUUCUGAAACCCUUCUCUUAAGAGGUGGUUAAAAUCAUAAAAAAAUGAUUAUUUUUGUAGAAAGUUCUAGAUUAAAUUAUAUUAAGUGCUAUGUAGUUGAUGUUGUCUUUUUUAGCCAUUCAGAAUAUUAUAAUACGGCUCCAUAAAUAAAUACGGCUUUUGACACCUUAAAAUUGCAAGCCACUGCCACCCUAAUGUUUCAGUGAUAUAAUUUUGGGGGUCAUCAGCUGUGUGGCUUUCACCAGGUGCUUGUCCUGUUCUGAGAACCCUAAUGUUUCCCAGUGGGGUGAAGAAUUUAGGUUGUGGCAGUUACAAAAAUACCAACCAUGUUGGAAUUUUUGCAGUUGUCACGUAACUUCUGUACCCACCCGCAAAAAUUAAAACAAAAUUUUAUAUUGUCAAUUCUGACUACAUUUUAGCAUUUGGAUAAAAGAAAAUUGUGGACAUAUCAAUAUCCUAAAGUUUGAUUUUUGAAUUUGUUUUGAAAUUUUUAGUCAUUCAUUAAAGAGAAUCUGUCACCAUCAUCUUGGACUAUUAUGUGCAAUACUACAUGAGUAAGAUCACUGUGACAUCAGUCUAGAUCACAAUUUUAUUUUGAGCAUGCGUUGUGCUUAUUUUGCAUCCGUUUUAGUUAGUUUUGUAUGAGAGCUGUUAUUUUUUACAGGGAAAAAGUACUUCACGGAGGAACGAUAAAGGACCAAUUUUUUUAUAAUUAAAAUUUCAUUUUCUGAUGGAUCAGAAGAAUGGAAAACUAAAUGGCGAUGUGAACCCAGCCUAAGCCAUGCUAAAAUAACAGCUUUCAGUGCUUACAGUGGAGGGAACAGAGGGCAGUAGAAAAAAAUAAAUAAAGUUAACUGGACUCCUUAUCUGCAGUACUGCUUAUGUAAUACUCCAGAUAAUAGUCCAAGAUCGUGCUGACAGAUUCGUUUUAAGAAAAUUUUGACAUUUGGUACCAAUUGUGCAGUAAAUUAUUAAAUAAAAAAAUUCUAAAUAAAAUAGAUUUUAUAAUCUUCCACUUUUUUUACCUUUUAUAUUUUUACACAACCAAAAAAUAAUAAAUCUAGAGAGAAGGCUGAUCAUCUCUGAUCUGACAUUGUGGAGUUUGAGUUCAUACAUAUAAGUGCUUGGGAUAAUAUGCUAUUUUUCUGUUUUGGGGAUAGACAACUGCUUUUAACUUUUUUACUCUAUUCUGUAAAUGUUUACCGUAUGUUUAGUACAAAAUUUCAGUUUUGGAGCCUUAGCAAGAUAUCGGUGUACAACAUGGCUAUAUAAUGCAACAACAUUUUUUUUAACCGCAAUAGAUGUACACCCAUCUGUAAUGUCAUUUCUAGAUCUCAGAAUGGCCGUCCCUGCCAUGUACAGAAGACAAGUGCACUUUUAUCAUGCUUUAACAUUCACAUUCAGGAUGGAGGAUUGAAUCUGCCUCAUGUUUAGUCCAUGAGUCAAUAAGGAAAUGAUGUCUCUUUUUAUAUCUCUGUACAUAUAUUGUUUGAGUUGAGCUGAAUAACAUUAUGGACUGAGAUUGCGGUGCGCAUUUUGCUUCUGGACGCAGGUUCAGAGAUUAACAGCUAAUGUAUUAAUGGAAUGAUAGCAAAAUAAAACAAAAAAUCUGAA